AUGGGAAAUACUCAUGGCAAUUUCGGCCAAGGCCGCCAUGACGAUAAAAGGAAGAAAAAGGACCUUCGUAGACAGCCACCUGGACCACCAAUUGGAAUGAACAAACACAAAUGCAAAAACCAUAAAUUUUCACAGCAAUCAAAGCUACCAGUAGUAAUGCCUCUGGCCAGGUGUAGGCUACGGUUACAAAAGCUAGAGCGUAUAAAGGAUUAUUUACUUCUAGAAGAGGAGUACAUAACUAACCGAGAUAGACUCAAGCCUGCCGCAAAAAAGAAACAGGAAGCUAGGAUGAAGGUGGAUGAUUUAAGGGGAUCACCCAUGGGUGUGGGUGUACUGGAGGAGAUAAUCGACGACUCCCAUGCCAUAGUAUCAUUUUCUGUGGGUCCCGAAUACUACGUUUCGAUACUUUCAUUUGUUGACAAAUCUGAGUUAGAGUUAGGAGCAUCAGUGUUGUUACAUAAUAAGACAAAUUCUAUUGUUGGCAUAUUGACAGACGAAGUGGAUCCUUUGGUAUCGGUUAUGAAGGCAGAAAAGGCACCACUGGAAUCAUAUGCUGAUAUUGGUGGAUUAGAGCAGCAAAUUGAGGAGAUCAAGGAAUCGGUUGAACUUCCACUGACAAACCCUGAAUUGUAUGAGGAUAUAGGGAUUAAGCCACCGAAGGGAGUUAUUCUUUAUGGUCCUCCUGGUACUGGUAAAACACUACUGGCAAAAGCUGUUGCCAAUGAAACAUCGGCUACCUUCCUACGUGUCGUGGGUUCUGAAUUGAUCCAAAAAUAUCUUGGGGAUGGGCCAAAAUUGGUACGGGAAAUGUUUAGAGUUGCGAAAGAAAAUGCCCCCAGUAUUGUAUUUAUAGAUGAAAUAGAUGCGGUUGGUACUAAGAGAUAUGACGCCACUAGUGGCGGUGAGAAGGAAAUACAGCGCACUAUGCUUGAACUAUUAAACCAGCUGGACGGAUUCGAUUCAAACGGCAAUGUCAAAGUUAUUAUGGCUACGAAUCGUAUUGAGUCUCUGGAUCCAGCCUUAAUUAGACCUGGAAGGAUUGACAGGAAGAUACAACUACCAAAUCCUGGCGUUAAGACUCGCCGUAGGAUUUUCCAGAUCCACACCCGGAAAAUGACAAUGUCUAGUGAUGUACAACUGGAGGAAUUUGUUAUGGCUAAGGAUGAGCUUAGUGGAGCUGAUAUUAAGGCAAUUUGUACUGAAGCUGGAUUAAUUGCCUUGUCUGAGAGGAGGAUUAAGAUAACUCAGGACGAUCUGAGGAAGGGAAAGGAGAAAGCUUUGUAUAAGAAUAAGAACAAAAUUAUGGAGUGGUUGUAUGCGUGA